CGUCUCCCUUCAUAAAUAAAUUACCGCCUCCGGAAUUGAGGACGCAUAUCAGCUUUUUUGCAAUCUUCUCCUCUGUUUUCAUUUCUUCGCCGUCUUUCUCUAUACACAAAAUGGGUCGCCGUAGCUCAGGAGGAAGAUCUGCUCCUCGUCCUCGCCCUGCUGCUGCACGCAGCCCUGCGCCUCAACCUGUACACCGUGCACCUCCUCCAGCUCCAGCUCAGGCGAGCAGUGGUGGUGGCAUGCUUUCCGGCAUUGGUUCAACUAUAGCUCAGGGUAUGGCUUUUGGUACCGGAAGUGCAGUUGCACAUAGGGCUGUGGAUUCUGUGAUGGGCCCACGAACCAUUCAGCAUGAAGCUGUUGAGGCUGCCUCUGCGUCCGCAGCUCCUGCGAGCAACAACAUGUUUUCGAGUUCCUGUGACAUUCAUGCUAAGGCUUUCCAAGAUUGCAUCAGCGGCUAUGGAAGCGAGAUUAGCAAGUGUCAGUUCUACAUGGACAUGUUGACUGAGUGCAGGAAGAACUCCAGUUCCGGUAUUGGUGCCUGAAGUUUCAUUUCUUUUCUCUCAAAAUUAUUCAGCUCUAAUAUGCUGAGAAUUUGGAUAUCCUCAAAUAACAAUUUAUUUCCAGAACCAGAAACUGCAAAAGUUUGAAGUCUUUGUGGUUUUCGAUUGUAAGACUUUGGGUUCUUUCCCUUUCUUAAUCAAAUAAUGCAUUAUUGAUAAU